AACAGGCCAGGAUGUCUGAUGAUGAGGAUGUUCCACUGCCAGCUAAGAAGGCGAAGGUCGUCCACUUCGGCAGUCUGGAGGAGGUUGAGAGGCAGCGAUUGGCCAAGCAGGAGGGUCAAGGGUCACUGGGCACUGACGCAGUGCAGGCUGGGAUACUGUCGGGGAACAUCAACAUUUCAGAAGGAGAAACUUUUGACUUGGAGGAACACCAGAGUGAGAGACAGAAAGAAGUCUUGGAGGAAUUUGAAAGACGAAAAAGGGCUAGACAAAUCCACGUGUCAACUGAUGAUUCAGAAGUCAAAGCACAACUCAGACAGCUGGGAGAACCAAUAUGUUUGUUUGGAGAGGGCCCAGCAGACAGGAGAGAGCGAUUGCGUCAGAUUCUGGCUAAGAUCGGGGAAGACAAACUAAAGAAGGACUCAGAAGAAGAGAAAAAGGAAGAAAAGAAAGAAUAUAACGACACCACGUGGUACCACGAGGGUCCCCAGAGUCUGAAGGAUGCCAGGAUGUUUAUUGCUGGCUACUCCAUACCAAGAGCUAAGAAGAGGUUGGAGAGAGCUCGUGCAGACAAGGAAAUCCCAGCUGCACAGAAAAACGCCAGAAUGCAGGAGCUGCACAGACAACUCAGGGCCCUGACCAACUACGGCAGUCAGAUAGGAGACAGUCGGCCCAUCUCCUUCUGCAAGUUUAGUCCAAACUCCCAGCUUCUAGCCACGGCCUCAUGGUCUGGCCUGUGCAAGUUGUGGUCAGUCCCAGACUGUAAACUGGUCAGAACAUUACGAGGACACAACCAGAACGUAGGGUGUGUGGUGUUCCACCCCCAGGCGACCCUGACCCUGGAGGACUCAGCCUGCUGCAUGGCCUCCUGCAGCGCUGACGGUGCCGUCAAACUCUGGUCACUGGAAAGUGAUGAACCAGUGGCGAAUAUUGAGGGCCAUGAGGCGAGGGUGGCCAGAGUAGCGUACCAUCCAUCCGGCAGGUUCCUGGGUACAACAUGUUAUGACAAGUCGUGGAGACUGUGGGACCUGGAGGCCCAGGAGGAAGUCUUACAUCAGGAGGGACACAGUAAGGAAGUCUACGACAUCAGCUUCCAGUGUGACGGAUCACUGUGUGCUACAUGUGGUCUGGAUGCGUUCGGGCGAGUGUGGGACCUGCGGACCGGCAGGUGUGUCAUGUUCCUGGAGGGGCACCUGAAGGAGCUGUUCGCCAUCGACUUCUCACCUGAUGGGUACCAUCUGGCCACAGGAAGUGCAGACAACACAGCUAAAGUGUGGGACGUGAGACAGAGGAAGUGUGUGUACACCAUCCCAGGACACACCAACCUCGUCUCAGGCCUCAAGUAUCAAGGUUCUGAAGGACAGUAUCUGGUCACAGCAUCUUUUGACUGCACAGCAAAGGUCUGGGCCCAUCCUGGUUGGUCGCCUCUGAAGACCCUUGCGGGGCACGAAGGGAAGCUGAUGUCCAUCGACAUUUCUCCUGACAGCAAGUUCAUUGCCACUUCCUCGUACGACCGGACUUACAAACUCUGGGCUGCUGAAUGAUCCAGGACCUUGACUUUACAAGGGAGAGUAACAUGG